CCUCCAGUGCACAGAGUGACUGGGAUCCUCUAUUACAGCUGCGCUCGUCUGGGGGACACUUAGGUUCUUGUCACUCGGGGCCCCCAAUAUAUCAGAGGAGGAUGAGGAAGAUGUUCCCCCUCGUUGUGCUUCUCCUCCAUGUGUCUGCGGUGUGUUCUGACAGUCACUCUCUGCGCUAUUAUAUGACGGGGGUCUCAGCUCCGGGGUCCGGGCUGCCGGAAUAUUCUGAAGUCGGAUACGUGGAUGAUCGGGAGAUUGUGAAUUAUAACUCAGAGAGCGGAAGAAUGAAACCGAAGGUGAAGUGGAUGGAAAAAGUGGAUCCAGGAUACUGGGAGGGACAGACACAGAACGCUAAAGGAGCUGAGGCUUCAUUCAGAUAUAAUGUGAGGACAGCGAUGAGCCGCUUCAACCAGACCGGAGGUUUCCAUAUUGUCCAGGUGAUGCAGGGCUGUGAGCGGAGAGAUGACGGCAGCGUCACAGGAUACAAUCAGCACGGAUAUGAUGGAGGAGAGUUCAUGUCCCUGGACACACAGACGUGGACAUAUAUCCCCACCAUGGCCCAGGCUCAGGUCUCCGCACAGAGAUGGAACAGUCGGGAGGUACAAGAGGGGGAGAGACGGAAGAAUUAUCUGGAGACUGAAUGUAUAGACUGGCUGCAGAAACAUGUGGAGAACGGGAGAGAAGAUCUGGAGAGGAGAGUUCAGCCGCAGGUGAAGGUCUCCGGUCAGAAGAAAGGUGACACCAUGAUGCUUCACUGCCAGGUGUACGGAUUUCACCCCCGAGCUGUGCACGUGAAGUGGAUGAAGAACGGGGACGACGUUCCCGACUAUGAGACCACACACACCCUCCCCAAUCCUGACGGCACCUAUCAGAUCAGGGUCAGUGCGGAAGUGAUCCCCAAAGAGGGCGAGAGUUACUCCUGUUAUGUGGAUCACAGCAGCCUGGGCGAGCCGCUGACCGUUGUGUGGGAACCAAGUAAUCCGAGUGUCUGGGUCACCCCUGUGGUCGUGGCUGUGGUGGUCAUCAUUCUUCUUGCUGCUGCCAUUGGUGGAUUUGUCCUAUACAGAAGAAAGAAAGCCGACUACACGGCGACCAGCACUUCAGACACUUCAUGAUCUGACGCGUCCGCUAAUGCCGCUAAAGCCUAAUGAUCCAGACGGGCGGCCAUGAGCUUUCCUGGGAAAAGGGAUAUGCAGAUUAGAUUGACAACUCUUUAAUAAGAACUGUGCGCUGUUAACCUAAAGCCCCCCAUUAACAGGGUCUUGUCUAGGGGAGUUGUUCUAAAAGAUACUGACUUAGACCGUACACACGAGCGAGUUGAAUGCAAUAAACUUGCAGCAUGUGUCAUAACGCUGUCAGUGGAAUGUAACAGAUUUCAGACCCCAUACAAGAGCGCCCCCCACUGUCAGCUCUGCACUGAUUAGUCACCUCACAUUCACAGUACAGUGACACAUCGCUGUUUGCUUCAUAUGAUCCCCGCGUGAAGAGGAUGAGUGGGGGUCGGGUACUUAGUGAUGCCGGUAGACUGGAUCCAUCCACUGUGUAAGAAUGAUUUUGUAAAAAUAUUUUUGGGGGAUCAGAAAGUGAAUUUGAUGCCAGUGAGCGAUUAGGUUGCGAUCAUAGUGAUUAGAUAUUGACAGCAAGUACGUGGGAAUGUUACUGAAUUUUUGUACUGAGAUAUGUCCACUGAUUAGUUGUACUCAGUCAUACACCAGGAUUGUGUGUCUCCUAUGGAGGAACAAGCUCAGGUUGUGCAGGAGAUGAGCAGUUUGGUGAUAGAACGUGAGCCAUGUGCAAGAGUGGAGACAAGCUUCUAUGAACACAAGUGGUGACUACCGGGCAACUUCACAUUGUUAAUCCUGUAGUUGUCACAUCCACAGUGUUUCAUCGUCAUCUCAUAGAUGGAUGCAGAGAAAUCGCCCAAGUAGCUGCAGUGUUAGGCUAAUUUCACACUGCCAGCAUGGUUCCGGCAGAGACCAGCCUUCCAGAGCUCUCUGGAUCAUUACUGGGUGUUAGCAGAAGGCCCACCGGCCCCAUUGACCAUAAUGGGGUCCAGUGGAGAUCCAGCUGCUACCUGUCAAACAUGUUGGGAUUCGGCCAGACAAAUACCACUGAACGCAGCGUUAUUUGUCAGUUUGAAUCCCGGCACAUUUGCAGGGUAGUGGCUGGAUCUCUGUCAGACAUUCUGGUAACACCCGGCAGUGCUGGAUCCAGAGAGCUCCGUCAGGCUGGUCCUUGCUGGCAGUGUGAAACUAGCCUUAGAAAAUGGUUGUCAGAUAGAAGCAGCAAUUGUGACUAAUGGAAGUCAAGGGCUUAUAUCCCAUGUUAUUCCGGUAUAUGGAUAAAUGCAGUCAGCAGGUACCAGACACAUUGUGAAUGUCCAUGUUGUGAAGCUCUUGGGCUCUAAGCUGGAUGUAAUGCAGUCAGCACUAAGAAAGAUGACAUCGCACCGCUACAUAGUAUUCCAGUCAUGAGAGGAAAGAGGCUAAAUCAUGAAGAAACGUAUCAUCCUCUCAUCUUCUGCCGCUAGAGAGAAUAAUUAUCGCUGUGUAAAUAAACUGGAUGAGAAUGUAAAGGUUCCUUUACACCGGCCAGGAGGUAAGAGCCUGCUCGUUAGUGAAGGCGACCGCUGCAUUUACAUACAGCGGUCUCCACAGUAUGGGGAGAAGCAAUCACUAACGCCAUCACUCGUCCGCAUACAGACUCUCUAGCCAGCAGCAGAGGCGGUUUACACAGCGCGAUCUGCUGCCGGCAAACAAUGAUAUAGGUGUCUGCACAAACGAUCCAAUUACCCGAUGAACGAUCAUUUUCCUGUGAACGCUCAUUAGCGAUUAUCUGGCGCUUAAAGAGUCUCUGGUGGGGGGGGGGAUAAAUCUUACAGUAUUUCCUGAUUACUGAUGUGAUGAUGAUUUAUCAAUAAAGUCCAUUUACACCAACA